ACAAUUGAAAGCAAAAUGUAUAGAAUUGUAAACAAAAAAUCAGACAUCAAAACCCCCAAAAAUGUUAACAAAUAAUUUUAAAGCGAAAGCAAAUCUCUAUGACAAAUGAUUACAAUUUUUUUUAAACGAAUACAAAAUGAAUGCAAAACUAAUGCCAAAUGAAUGCAAAACUUUCCCAGCAACCAAUCCUAUUGAAAUACAUUUAGCCUACGCUCUUGCCUGCAUGUGCUACCUUUUGGUUACGCUACUAGUAUUUUUGCUUCUAUGUCUGUUUCUUUGCUUUCACUGCCAGUCUUUUCGAUUGCGAGUUUUGGCAUUAUUAUUCCGUGAAGGGCGGGAUUUAGAGGGAGGCGUAGACAAUGAGUCUCCAUUGGUUCGCUAGUUUUUGGAGUGAGGGUUCGUUUUAGCCCAAUCGAUGAACAUGAUAGACAGGCUUUUUUCUAUUUUAUUUUACAAAUUUGGGGAUUUUGCCUUUGUCUUAUUUUUGUUUACAGUUAGCUGUCAAUUGUUUGGUUUUUGAUUUCAACAUCCAUUAUUUCACCCGUCCUCGAAAAUAUACUGUUAACAUUCUUAACUUUAUUUUUAAUGUUCACGAUUUGUUUUCUUUUUAAUUCAAUACAUAUGGUACGGAUAAGUAAAAGAUUUUAAGCGCUCUGCGUUCUCCCCUCAACGUCUCCCAUAUCAGACAGUAUGCUCUCUGAAGCCUCGUUCGCAAAACCAUAUGCACUCCGUUAUGUUACGCCGGAUGUCAUGCAUUUCAAUUGGUACAUCCCCUUGCGGUUGAACGCUCCGUUGCGAUACGAACAGCGCAUAUUUUGAUAUUUUUCUAACUUUUCCUCGUCUUCAGUCCAGAGUCCGUCGAAGAACAGGAAGUUACCAAACCACAAGAGAUGGAAAUAUGUUUUUAGGAAAUGGCUUUAUGGGAUAGCUAGCAACUUGUUGUGAACAAUUACCCAUUCCUUAAAGUGGAUCUUGCUAGCUGCAAUGUUAUCUUCAACCUAGCCUUCCUUUAGCUAGCUGCUGGUAACAGUUAGCUGAUCUGCAGUGCAAACUAUCUUGACUUUGUAUAAAGGUAGAGGAACUUGUUGAGGGAAAAGUAAUUAAACAUGUUUAAUAACCUCAAGCUAUAUAUUUGUCCUGUUUCUUGAACGAAAAGGUCAUAUUUUGCAAUAUCACAAAAUAAAUUCAAUCUCUGACGAGAGACAGGCUCUCCUCCAUUUUGCGACUUUUACUAAGACCACACCAAAGACGUUUUAACUAACCCAAGAUAGACCACAUCCUGUCCUUUCCAAUGGAAACAAAUGCAUCCUAGUGGGCAGAACCAAGUACAAGCUAGCGAUAUCUGCCUCAUUGUUCAAUCUGUAACUAGUCUUAUUCAGUAGCCGGGCAAGACUCAGUGAAAACGACGUAAAGAUAUACGUUACGAUGUAAACCGGGCAUCAGGUGUUGUUGGAAGAUCACCAUUUUAAAAUGCAAAACUUAAGUGCGCAUUUUGAAACAACCCUUGAUUCUAGCUACCGCAACUAUGUUACCACAUUGGAAGUUAUGUUUCUCCUGGAACAUGGGAUCUAAUGGAACCGUGGAAUGCUGCAGGUAGCAGCAGAGUUUGUAGAUGGUCUACAGUUGGAUACUUUUAAUUGGCUUUUCCUUGGCCAGAGAUACUUGGACAAUAUCAAACGUGGAUAUCUAAUUUUGUACACAUUUUGCUGGAGGAUAAAAGCUAUGAAAAGCAACCAUAUCAAUGCUUUGCGUACAGAGCUUUUAUUUUUGCUGUUCCGGUCUGGUUGCUUUGACAUCAGUUUUCACUACACUAGUUCGCCUUUAGCCACCACAACUCUUUCACACAGCCAACCUGGAAAUUAACAGUUGUACGAAGGCGUUGCCAAACCCUGACAUUGCAAACAGCUCAGAUCAAAUAUCCCCUUUUACAUAAGGUUUGUUAAAUCAUUAUUGAGACCUGAAUCUUUUUUUUACAUUUUUUUUUUUUACUCAACACUACAAUACUCAUCUUUACCAAUGCCUCGAUGGAAAGCUCUGGCGAGCCAGCAUUUACGGUGGUCCAGCCCUGUUGCCCAAGGACUAGUUUUAUGUAUCAUAACGUUUGGCAUCGUACUGCCGUUGUGCUGCCACAGGCUACUCUAUUCCUACUACUACAUUAAAUCGAUGUACUUGAAUGACAUGAGCGAUCAGUUUCUAGCGGAGAGCUACGAGAGAGGGCAGGAGGCUUUGGAAUUCUGGGAGGCGUCACGGUCUACCACCGGGUCGGCUGGCUUUUCCAACAUCGCCAAGGGAUCCGAGCUGUUGAUCACUGUGGUAACGGCCAGGCGAACGGAGGGCAAGGAAUUUCACUAUCUGCUUCAAGUGAUGCAGCGGCUGGUUUCCCUCCUGAGAGGAUGCAGCGAGGGGCGGCGUUGCGCUGAAGUGCUGGUGUGUGAUGUGGAAAGCGGUCCCCUGGACAACGAGGAUGCGGCGCUACUGGAGAGCCAGUUCUUGGUGGUGCGGAGGUCCCUGGAGGAGCAGUGGAAGAACCAGGCUCACGUCAACACCUUUGAGAGGGAGAAGAGGGACUACGUCUACUGUCUGCGCAAAGGAUGGGAGCUGGCAAGCCCCAAAAACAUGAUGGUCCUUGAGGACGACGCAUUACCCAGGGCGGACUUCUUUGCCGUGAUCCAAGAUUUACUCUCGCGGCGCUUCGCCCUCCACACCCUCUACGUCAAGCUCUACCACCCGGAGAGGCUGCAGCGCUACUGGAACCCCGAACCCUACCGCAUCCUGGAAUGGGUGGGACUUGGACUAGUCGGGGCUACCGCACUCCUCCUAAUCCUUAGUCACGGUACACCUUUCUCUUUCUCCCUCUCCACCACCCACCUCCUCUUCCUCACUUUGUACAUCAUGGUCGCCGUAGAGCUGGCUGGUCGGCAUUACCUACUCGAGGUACGGCGCUUCUCGCCGCAGCUCUACGCCGUGUCCCCGGCGACCGAGUGCUGCACACCUGCCAUGCUGUUUCCGGGUAACUCAUCCCUCAGGGCGGCGGAGUACCUGGAUGGAUCAUUCUGCAUCAAGGGCAAUGCUAAGGACAUGGUUCUGUAUCAGAUGGCUCGGACUAUAACCGGAGAGAGAGCGCACAGCAUAGAGCCCAACCUGGUCUCCCACAUCGGGGCUUUCUCCUCAGUCAGGGCCAACCCAUCCAGGCCUAGACUUCUUUGAGGAACACCUGAAAAGAGAUUUGAGGCUGCGUCCCAGAUUGCACUGUAUUCCCUAUAUAGUGCACUAUUAGGCCAAUAGAGCUCUGGUCAAAAGUAAUGCAUGUAGGGAAUAGGGUGGCAUUUAAUCAGGGUUGGAGACUAUUCCAUUUCAACUCAGGAAGUAAACUGAAUUGAAAUGGAAUUUACUCCAAUCCUUUGUUAAAUAUGACUGAAUAUCACCAUACAGGGUUACCUAACACUCCAUAGGGAUACAUAGCACUGUGUUAACAUCCCUGACAUAUACCCAAAUCCAACCAAUGGUGCCUGUAAUGAUCGUCCUUGAUGGACAUUGAAGGUCUCUAUCCAGCCUACUGUAAGAUUUUACCCAUGUAAAUGGAUCUAUUUAACCCAUCUAGGCUAGAUCUAUUUCACUUAUGCAAUAUUUGGGUACACUCCACACACAUUGGGUACACUUUGGAAUACAGUAUGUUCUAUGUUGGCAUAACCAUGUACUGCAUAUCCCCUGAAGGUUCAAAUGAGAUGUAUCAUUUAAAAUACCAAAACGUAUUGCUGUAGUUGUUGAACUAAGGCUAAUGAUAAUCAAAGGAUUAACUACUUUAACAGGUUGUUAAAAUCUAAUUUAACCAUUGGACAAUGGCAAUAUUACUGGACUGUGACACUUUGAAUGUCUGACACUUUGAAUGUCUGAAAGAAAAACAAUUAAAUAUAUUAAGAUAUACUCUUUAAACCUUUGUGUUUAUUUAGUGAUUUGAUGCUGUGUGCUUACAUCAUACAUGCUGUACACUGAGUGUAAAAAAUGUUAGGAACAGGGGCUCUUUCCAUGACAUAGACUGACCAGGUUAAUCCAGGUGAACGCUGCUGUGUUUUUCGCUCUCCAGUUUCCCGUUUGUAUCAGGAAUGAUUCACCACCCAAAGGACAUCCAGCCAACUUGACAACUGUGGGAAGCAUUGGAGUCAACAUGGCCAGCAUCCCUGUAGAAUGCUUUCGACACCUUGUAGAUUCCAUUCCCUGAUGAAUUGAGGCAGUUGAGGGCAAAAGGGGGUGCAACUCAAUAUUAUGGUGUUCCUACUGUUUUGUACACUCCUGUUGACCUUAGACACUGUAUAACUAGCAUCCAUGUGUGUUUAAUCACUUUCCGUUUUUUGAAUACUACACUGUGGACACUUAACACUUCUAAUAAAAUAAUACACAUCA